AUGAUAGAGGAAGAUCAAGGACAGUGUUCUUCUCAAGCGAUCAAUAACUUUCAAACCUAUCAAGAGCAGCUUCUCCUUCAACAACAGAUCAUGCAGCAACAAAACAGUGAUAUCUUUGGUGGAGGAGGAAGAGGAUUAAUGAACAUGUUCCCUUCUGAAGUUUCUCCAAUCAUGCAACAACCAUGGUCUAUGCCUCAGGUUCAUCACCCUUUCAACCCUGUCAGAGAUCAUGACCCUUUUCUUGUCCCUCCUCAUCAGCCUUCACCCUAUGCAAGUUUUUUCAACAGAAGGGUUCCUUCUCUUCAGUUUGCAUAUGAGGAUCCAUCUUCUAACCAUCUCAGAAUCAUAUCAGAUAACAUUGGAACUGUGGUUCAACCUGGUUCAGCACCCUUUGGGCUUCAAGCCGAGCUUGGCAAGAUGACUGCUCAAGAAAUCAUGGAGGCUAAGGCUCUUGCAGCAUCCAAGAGUCACAGUGAAGCUGAAAGGAGACGCAGAGAGAGAAUCAAUAACCAUCUUGCUAAACUCCGCAGCAUGUUACCCAGCACAACCAAAACAGAUAAAGCAUCAUUGCUAGCUGAAGUGAUUCAGCAUGUGAAGGAACUGAAGCGUCAAACUUCAUUGAUAGCAGAAACGAGUCCAGUUCCUACGGAAGCUGAUGAGUUAACAGUGGAUGCAGCUGAUGAAGAUGGCAAGUUUGUGAUCAAAGCCUCGCUUUGUUGUGAUGAUAGGUCAGAUCUUUUGCCUGAACUCAUCAAAACCUUGAAAGCGUUAAGGUUAAGAACACUCAAAGCUGAGAUUACUACACUUGGUGGGCGUGUCAAGAACGUGUUGUUUAUAACUGGUGAAGAGGAUUCAAGUAGCAGUGAAGAAUAUAGUCACCACCAUCAGCAGCAUCAACAGUACUGCAUUAGUUCAAUACAAGAAGCACUCAAGGCAGUGAUGGAGAAGAGCGUUGGGGAUGAGUCAGCAUCUGCAAGUGUUAAGAGACAAAGGACCAAUAUAAUAUCAAUAUCCUAGAACAAAUUAAAGGUCUUUAUAAAUUUUAUCUAAUUAAAGGCCUAUUUUUCAUUAUUAUCGUACUUAGUUAUUAUUUUGGGGUGUGGUUUUCUUUUGUCUUUUUUCAAUGGUGUGCUGAAAAUUAUUGUUGUAAUGUAUCGUCUAGCUCCAUUAACAUUAUCAUA